AUGAGCCUCCGCCGCCACGUGAAUCUGUUGUUGGAGAACCACAAAAAGUGCGCCUAUUCGCUUCACCUCCUCAAGCGCGACCAUUUAUUCUACCCAACGGAAGAAGCAGCAAAGGUGCGAGAUUUGCCCAGACUAAGAAAAGUGCCACCAUACUCACCUUUUGGGACCAAGGUGAAUGGCCAAAAGAAGAAGAACCAGGCGGCUCUCUCAGAUAAGCUGGAGAGUAUUAAGCUGUCGCCGGCAGUCUUCACUGUGCGGCCAUCGAUGGCUUGCAACGGCGAAGCCCGAUUGAGUUGUUUCUCUCUCUCUGGAAGCAAGAUCUUCUUCACUGAUAGUGGGGCACGCACCACCCUCUAUGACACUGAGGACCGCUGCAUGAUAACAUCCCCAAGCCUCCAUUCGCCCAAAUGCUACCCCAUCGCCGUCUCUGUCCCCAUCCCUGGAUCUGAAGGUGAGCAGGAUGGCGGUGACCACAGCCUCUACAUCAUGGACACAGAGCCCGAUCCAUGCAAGGCCUCUCCGUUCGAGGCGCUAAUCUGCUGCAAGUGCCCAGAUAGAGACGUUACUGUCCCGAAGACAUGGCAUUGUGACACACUCCCGCCGCCGCCGUUCCUUAAUAAUCCAGGUCGCAGCUCUAUCUCGAUAUCAUCUUAUUCUGUGGUGGGGGACGUCAUCUGCAUUUCCGCAGAUGGCUUGGGCACCUACUGCUUCGACACGGUGAGCCGGACGUGGAGCCUGGCUGGUGACUGGCAGAUGCCCUUCUACGGCAAGGCGGAGUACAUCCCUGAGCUCAACCUCUGGUUUGGCCUCUCUGCUGGUAAUCCUGAGCUCCCGUGUGCGGCUGAUCUCUCCCCUGUCCUUAGAGGGCAUGAGCCGAAGCAGCGCUAUGUUUGGAGGGAUCCAGAUCUGCCGGAGGAAUGGCACCCGUCAUCCUAUGGUUCCAGCAACAUUACCAGUUUUGGUUCUGGUAGAUUUUGCAUCACCAACUUCUAUGAAGACAUGAACAACUGUUUGAUGGAUAGACAAUCAGGUCCAGUUGGCGAGUCAAUUGUUGUAUUCAGUGGGUUGUAA